AUGACCAAUGAUAUCAAAUCUGCCGAGAGCAACCUGGGCAAGCUGAUGGCCAAAAUGCAGUCAAUUGAUGGCGAUAAGAAUGCUGUAAGCGAUUCUAAACCGAAGAGGAGCAACAAGAAGGACUCUAAACCGGCUGAGAAGGGUGGUUCGAAGAAGACACCCACGGCGAAUAAGGAUAAAGCCGAUAAGACAGACAAUAAGAAUAGAAAGCAGCAGACCCAGCCGAAGCAGCAGAAAGCAACUCCUUCACCCUCAAAACCCAAAGAAGAAGCCAAACCAACCAAAAAGCGUAAGUUAGAGCAGUCUGGAGAACAAAAGAAUGUGAAUAAGGGCGAUAAGAAGAAGGCUGAGAAGAUUGAAGGCGAUGGGAAUACCUCGUUACAAGCUAAAAUGAAGAAAAGCUUAUCAGGUGCUAGAUUCAGGUGGAUAAAUGAGACGCUAUACACGACUGAUUCUCAAGAGGCGCAUGAAUUGAUGCAGGAUGAUCCUAGUAUCUUCAACGAGUACCACGAGGGAUUCGUAGAGCAGACAAAGUCUUGGCCUCAAAACCCUGUUGAAGUGAUCGCCAAGUCGCUCUCAUCGCUUCCUACAAGUUCUACUCUGAUCGUUGAUCUGGGAUCGGGCCCAGCCACGCUUGCCAAAGCGUUACCGAAGCACAGGGUGUUAUCAUAUGACCUGGUUGAAGCUGAAAAUGGAGCUGUCGUCGAAUGCGAUAUCGCGAAGAAAGUUCCGCUGCCUACAGCCUCAGUCGACAGGGUCGUCUUUUGCCUUAGCCUUAUGGGAUCAAAUUGGGUUGGAGCUAUCACUGAGGCCGAAAGAAUACUCGUCGCAAAGGGCAAAGUGCACAUUGCCGAAGUGAAAUCGAGAUUCUCAAGCAUAAAUGAGUUUGUAGAACUAGUCUCGCACUUCGGACUUAAGCUCGUUGACAAGGAUGAGUCAAACACCCACUUCGCCAACCUGGUGUUCACCAAUGGCGGCAAAAAGGACAUGGUAAACAUGAAGGAGCUAACGGACAAAGGGAAGAAUAUUUUGAAGCCUUGCUUGUAUAAAAGACGCUAA